CGCACGCGGGAUAUAACAAGGGACCGGCCCUUCUCGACACGCACGGCAUCGCAAGCCCAUAUUGAGAAACGAUCGGGUGAUGAUCCAUAUCUGCCCAACUACAUAAUUGGGCAGCCUGACCACAGAAACACCAUGCAUCAUCAUCACCGCCCUUUAACCCUCUGGGCAAAACGCCUCCCCCGGCACACAACAUGCCAGGCCUUGCCCCCAACAAGACAGAUGAUCUCGUUGUCCUCCUCCCCCUCCCACCCACACAGACACAGACAAUCCUCCCUCCCAGCAGCCUACUACCGCGGCGGGACCUCCCGCGCCGUCUUCUUCCGCGCCUCGGACCUGCCCGCCGACCGCGGGGGGUGGGCCGCCCCCUUCCUGGGCAUCAUCGGCAGCCCGGACCCUUCCCACGGCCGGCAGCUCGACGGCCUGGGCGGCGGGGUCUCGAGCCUGUCCAAGGUGUGCGUCGUCGGCUGCCCGUCGUCGGCGGGGGCGGACGUCGCGGACGUGGACUAUACCUUUGCCGCGGUGGGGGUGCGGAACGCAAGCGUGGACUUUUCGAGCAACUGUGGGAACAUGUCUGCUGCUGUUGGGCCGUUUGCUGUUGAUUGUGGGAUGGUGAGGCCUGUGGCUGGGGAGUGUGAGGAGGUUGUCGAAGACGUCACGGUGCGCAUCCACAACACCAACACGGGCAAGAUCAUCCACGCCACCUUCCCCGUCAUCCUCGGCAGCGGCAGCAAAGAGCCCGAGGCCGUCGCGCACGGCGACUUUGCCAUCGACGGCGUCGCGGGCACGGGGGCCCCCGUCCGGCUGGACUUUAUCCGGCCCGCCGGGUCGCGGACGGGGAAGCUGCUCCCCACGGGGGGCGUGGUUGAUACCUUUGACUUCGAGGCGGGGGGGCCGGGGGGUGGGAAUGUCAGCAUCAGGGCGACGUGCGUCGACGUCGCGAACCCGUGCUGCUUCGUGGGUGCUGCGGACCUCGGGGUUGACGGCCGGAUCAGCCCUUCGGAGAUGGAGGAGGACCCUGGCCUGAUGGGGACGCUGGAGCGGGUGCGCCGGCUUGCUGGGGUGAGGAUGGGGCUUGCUGAGGCGGUGGGGGACGUCCCUGGGAGUGUGCCUAAGAUUGCGAUUGUUUCUCCUUGCGAGGAGGAAGGGAAGGGGAAGGGGGAAAGUGUUGUUGCGCGCGCGAUGUCGGUGGGCCAGCCGCACAAGGCGAUCCCCGUCACGGUCGCACUUGCUCUUGCGGCUGCGGCCAAGCUGCCUGGGAGUGUUGUCUCUGAGUGCGUGAGUGGUGAGCCUGGGGAGGACGGGCUGGUCAUACACCAUGCGAGUGGGACGCUGCGUGUUGAUGCCGAGUAUGAUGGGGACGGGGAGCUUGAGAAGGCUACUGUUUUCAGGACGGCGAGGCGGCUGAUGGAGGGGAGGGUGUUCUGGAAGUAA